CACAAAUCGAGCAUGCUUCGGCGGCUCCCUCUCCUCUAGCCCCUCUCUAGAUCUCUUCAUCCACCUAACCUAAUUCCGUGCCGGCCAAAGGACAUGGAGACGGCCGGUCCUAGCAGCAGGAAGAGGAAGUCCGCCGCGCUCGAUGGCUGCCGUCCGGCGGCAGCGACGGGAGCUGCCGAUUCUCGAUCGAGUGAAGAUCUCGAUCGCAUCAGCAGCCUCCCCAACGAGAUCCUCGGUGAGAUAAUCUCCCUCCUCCCCACCAAGGAAGGUGCUCGCACCCAGAUCCUCGCCCCCCGCUGGCGCCACCUCUGGCGCUCUUCCCCUCUCAACCUCGACUGCGAUCACAUCAGCCCAAGGUUAAAACUCCCUCGUAUCUUAUUACGCAUCAUUUACUCCCACCAAGGCUCCGGCCGCCGCUUCCGCAGUCCCGUGUUGUACACCAGUCACCACAUACAUGCCGUGGAAGCUUGUCUCCUGUCCCCCGCUCUCGAUAGCCUCAAGGAGCUCGAGCUCACCAGCUGGAGAGGGCAUCCGAUACCGGCGUCGGUCUUCCGCUUCUCGCCCACUCUCUGCGUUGCCCACAUAGGGCACUGCAGCCUCCCGGACGACACCCUACAAGGAGUUCAUUUUCCCCUUCUUAAGCAGCUCGAGCUUCUUCAUAGCACCAUCUCGGAGGGCUCACUAAAUCGCAUGAUUGCCGACUACCCCUCUCUCGAGUGCUUGCUAAUCUUAUGCUGCAGAGGAGCCCGCUGCCUUCGGAUCAAUUCUCUUGUCAUUACAAGCAUUGGAGUCAAUAAUUAUUCGCCAUAUGAACCCAUGCUAGAGCAAAUCAUCAUCGAGAGUGCUCCUUGUCUUGAAACGCUACUCCAUCUCCAUGAGCACCAGGGCUUGCGAGUCUCGGUACUCUCGGCACCUAAGUUGGAAACCAUAGGCUGCACCAACGCCACCGGCCUCGUGCUUGGUGGUUCUGCUGAAAUUCAGGGACUGCAUGUUGAUAUGCUUGCAACGCCGGUUUGCACAAUCAAGUGUUUGGCUCUAUGUAUGCCUGCUCUUAGUUUGGACGUGGUUAUUGAAUUGUUGAGAUGCUUUCCGUGCUUGGAGAAGUUGUACAUUCAGUGCAACGAACCAGGGAGAAGCAACGUGUGGCGUCGUGAACACCUGGAUCUGCUCGGACGUCUUGACAUCCGUCUCAAAACAGUUGUAUUGAAUAAUUACUCGGGCAGAAAAUCAGACGUUGAUUUUGUCAAUUUCUUUACAUUCAACGCUGGACAGCUAGAGACUGUGACACUUGUCGUCGACCCCCCCAACAUUGAGAAGUUCUUGGCAAAACAGCGUCGAAAGCUUAAGCUAGAGGACAUUGAUUCAAAUGUGACUCGGAUUAAUUUCACUAAUCAAUGUCGCCACAAAUUUGGCGACAUAAAAUAUGUCCAUGAUCUGGAUAUAAAAUGUCCUUUUCAAUGGUUGUUUUGAAAAUACUUUGUUUGGUCUAGUGAGAAGUAUUCUAUCCAAUCAGUGUAUCUUAUUUUGUGUUUGU